AUGGGACAGUCUAAAGCAGUUUUUCCAGGAUCACUCCCAACACAGUCAAAAGAAGCUUUAACAAGACUGCAACCAACAGAGUCAAAAGGAGCUACUGCAGUGCCACACCCUUGCAUGCAGAGUGCACCUCCAGAGUGGAAUGAGAUGAUUCAGAGACAGAUAGCAGCAGCCCAGUGUGCGGAGUCUGAGAAAUAUCAAGAAGAGAUGAAACAGCAAGGGGGAAUCCCUGAUCUCGAAGAGCAACAGAAUGAGAACACAGAACACACCUUGUACAACUACUAUGAGGAGAAAAUCCGUCCCUGUAUUGAUCUCAUUGACUCCCUGAGAGCGCUCGGAGUAGAGAAGGACCUGGCUUUGCCAGCAAUUGCAGUGAUUGGAGACCAGAGUUCUGGAAAAAGCUCAGUUCUAGAAGCCCUGUCCGGAGUCGCUCUUCCUAGAGGCAGUGGUAUUGUUACCAGAUGUCCCUUAGCCCUCAAACUGAAAAAACUGGCUCCUCAGCAGGAAUGGAAAGGGAAAAUUAGUUACCGGGAUAUAGAUGAAGAACUCCACGAUCCCGCAGUGGUGGAUAAUGAAAUAAGAAAAGCCCAGGAUGCAAUGGCUGGUGAAGGAGUGGGCAUUAGCCAGGAAUUAAUUUCCCUAGAAAUUAACUCCCCGAAUGUUCCAGAUCUGACGCUGAUUGAUCUUCCAGGGAUUGCUAGGGUGGCUGUGGGGAAUCAGCCACAAGACAUUGGAGAACAGAUCAAAAAAUUAAUUAAAAAAUUUAUUGCUAAGCAAGAGACUAUAAAUUUGGUAGUGGUGCCAAGUAAUGUGGAUAUCGCAACAACAGAGGCACUGAAAAUGGCUCAAGAGGUAGACCCUGAUGGAGAGAGAACGCUAGGGAUCCUAACAAAACCAGAUUUGGUGGACAGAGGAACUGAGUCGUCGGUUGUUGAUAUCGUACAAAACCUUGUCAUCCACCUAAGGAAGGGUUACAUGAUUGUUAAAUGUCGUGGGCAGCAAGAUAUUCAUGACAAGCUCACCCUGGCCUCUGCAAUCCAGAAGGAGAGAGCAUUCUUUGAGCAGCAUGAACACUUCAGAGUUCUUCUGGAUGAAAACAAGGCUACUAUCCCCAUUUUGGCAGAGAAACUUACAACUGAGCUUGUGGAACACAUUAAUAAAUCUUUGCCCGCUUUAGAAGAGCAAAUAAACAUUCAACUCCAAAAAGCAACUGAAGAGUUACGCAAAUAUGGCAAAGGCACACCAAAAGCAGAAGGCGAGAAGUUGUUUUUCCUAAUAGAUAAAAUCAAACUGUUUAAUCAAGACAUCGUGAGUUCAGCGGUGGGAGAAGAAAAGUUGUUUGAAAAUGAAAUUAGACUGUUUACAAAAAUCCGCACAGAGUUUCAAAAAUGGGGGAAGAUACUUGAUGACAGUGCAUUGACUGUUAGAAAAACUAUACAACAUGAAGUAUGGAGAUUUGAAGAACAGUAUCGUGGAAGAGAGCUCCCAGGGUUUGUCAGUUACAAAGCAUUUGAGACCAUUGUAAGACAGCAAAUCAUGGCACUAGAAGAACCAGCUAUUGAGAUACUGAAGAAAGUAAUUGAACUUGUCCGAAAAUCUUUUACAGAAGUUGCCAAAGAUCAUUUUGAGGAUUUUCACAAUCUUAACAGAGCUGCUAAGGACAGAAUUGAAGACAUUAAAGACAAACAAGCAGAGGAAGCUGAAACAAUGAUCCGAGUCCAGUUUAAAAUGGAGCAGCUUGUAUACUGCCAGGACAAUGUUUACAGACAAGACUUAAAAGUUAUCAGGGAAGAAACACCAACGGAAGCAGCCAACGGUCUGAACCCGGCCUCCUUGAGUUUCAAUUUUGGAACUGUUCCAACCCAGAACCACUCUGCCAUUAUGGAAAUGGGUUAUCACCUGGCGGCAUACUUCAAUAGUGCAGGUAAACGUCUCUCCAGCCAAAUUCCUCUGAUCAUCCAAUUCUACAUCCUUCAGGACUUUGGAGAUAAAUUACAGAAUUCAAUGCUGCAACUUUUACAAGAAAGAGAAAAAUUGAGCUUCUUUCUUCAGGAACAGAAAGAUGCUGCCGAUCAGAGACAUUUUCUGAGUGGACGAAUUCAUCGUCUUACACAAGCUCGCCUUCGCUUAGUAAAAUCUGUGCUGUAGCCUCUCUGCUUUAAAUGGUCUGUUUCAAAUGUCAGUUCUUGGUACUGAAAAGAUCUAUAAUCAGAGCUUUGUAUAAACCCUUUAGAAAUUGUGCAUCUGUCUACAUUGGCCUUAAAAACUGAAUUAACUAAGAGUUUAGCUAAAUCACGUAAUUGCUUUAACCGCAUCAGUUAUGUGUGUCUCACAUGUUCACCUGUGAACCAUUUUAUUUUGUUUUAGUUUCCUAUGCUUCUUUGUAAUUAUGUUGCUACAGGGAAACAUUCUGAAUGUGUUCAUUUUAACAAGUGAGGACAUGAGCUCUCUGGUACAGACCAUACAACCUUCAGUAAGCAAAUGAAUUAAACCAUAUUGCAUGAGAGACUGAAUCAAAAGUGUAAGUAUAUUUUAAAUGUGUGCUUUCCUUCUUACAUUUUUUGUUGUGUUCUUCCACAUGCUUUAUUUCAGCCCUGGAAAUGAGUUAGUCUAUUUUAACAUUUUGAAAUUAUGGUACAUAUUAAAAAAAAAAAAAAAAAAAAGGUAAAUGUCACUUUGCAAGUGUAGUGUAGGAUAUAAAGUUGUUAGAUGCUGGACUGAGAUCCUCUGUAUGUCACCUGAUGUCCUGGCCCAAUCACCGGCAAAGAACCUAAUCAUAAUGUGGCUCAACAAAUCAUGAGUUGAGACCAAGUUGUUUCUGUGAGUGUGUACUGUAAUUAUGCUUCUAUGAAACUCUUAAAACUUUUUAUACUGUUCUGGUAAAGCAACUGAGGUUGAUCCCAUCAGAGGGUUCAAUUGCCUACCCAAAGGAGUGGUAGAGAAGCAUAUGUAGCUCAUGUUGACCUGUUUGUUAGACACAAUGGAAGAGCUGAGGGGCAAAUGGGCAUAGAUUGAGCUUUCUUUAGUAUAUACCACAGCUGUGUGGUGUGGAAGCUUUCUUGGCCCUACUCAACUCCAGAAACUAAAGUCUCUAUUUAUAAAAAGAGGUACAUUACUCUGCUGCUAUUCCAUCAACAGUAAUGUGAGCUUAUGGUCUUAAAAGAAAAAAAGACCUGAAAGAAACACUUUUGGACACAAGUUUUCUUUGAUUAAACUUCGUUAUCCUUCAUAUGCAUUCAGUAGUGAACUUGGUGAAUACUUUUCUUUCAAGUAUCAUCAGAACACAGCACAUGCCUGUUACAACUAAAGAUAAGUCCAGUACCGACUCAAAUCCAACCUUUUAUCCGGCAAAAUAGCAAAAUAGAUACUUCCCCUCAGCCCUUACUGCCUUUAAGAUGAGCUUCCUUGCCACUUGUAAGUCCACUAAGUAUCACUAAAAUUGUCCUUCCCACUGAAGUUAUUUAGCAGUGGGGGGUAGUCAGCACUUCUGAAAGUCAAGCCAAGUAACCUGUUUAAAGAACUACCAGGAAGCUUGCUGAAAGGUUGGAGAAAAAACCAGCUCCCUUAGGUGCCCCAUCUUGUGCUUAAAUCAGAAGAGUAUCCUU